UGCUUUCACUCGCUUCACAAUGCCUCGGUGUGUGUUCUGCUUUUUUGAUCCUCACGAUAUCGAGGAUGAAUCGGACGACGACGACGAUUCUCGGGACGGCGCACCUCCUACACUGUCUGCUCACGUGAUGCGAUCGCACCCCGACGUGGAUACAUCCUUCCUGCCCUUCUUCCAGACUGACGCCGCAUUUAGAGGUAUCGUCAAAAGAUUCACGCUAUUGGCAUCUGUUCACGAUCAGGGAGUAGAGGAUUUGCGACAAUAUUUAAUGAGUCACUUUCACGAUAUGCUCGCCAUAUUGAGAGCGCAAAGAAUACCCUUUAGGUUUUGCAUUUGUUCCGAUGUUUUAAUGGUGAGGGAAACUCGGGGGGAGAUAACCACGCACAUAGCCCACUUUAUGGCGUUUGCUCGCGAAGUCCACAGCGACGGAGCCGUCGCGAAUACCCUAAUGGACGCGAUUCAGGAGUCCACGGGACGCGUAGAAAAUUAUCAGCGGGAAGGGAGCGGGUUCGUGUCCACCGACGUCCAAAAGGUUCAAAUAUGCAUUUCCGCGGUGAAAACUAAAAAAUUCGGAUGCAAAGGGGCACUUCCCGAUCAUUUGGCUAAACGCAGGAACGUGCUGACGAAUAUUCAUUUACCGGCACAUAAGGAGGGUGAGUGUUUUAAAUACAAUACGCUUGCCCUCCUGCACCCGCAGGAAAGUAAUUCGUGGAAAAAAUGUGAAAACUAUGCCGCGGAGUACUGGUGGCCUAGUCGCUUCCCCGUUUCCUACUCUGAUCUGGACGAAUUCGAAGAUAAAAACAAGAUAUCCGUGUACGUAUACGAGUACGUCGAUCAGGGAGUGCACGUGUCGCGAUCCCCAAAACUCGAGUAUGAAAAGAAAAUUCACUUAUUGGCUGUAGAUGAACAUUUUUUCGGAAUCAAGUCUCUCGAGCGCUUACUGAUGAGAGACAACAGGCGUUUCGUAUGCGAGCGUUGCACGCGCUCUUUUAACAAGGAAGAGAGCAUGGCGAAACAUCGUCGCCUGUGCGCGGACGUAAACGAAAUCAUAUUGGAAUUUUGCGAACCGGGCAAAAACUUUGUAGAGUUUACUAAAAUACAGUACAAGCAGCAGUACAACUACGUCGUCGCGUUGGACACGGAGAGCGUACUCGCGCCCAGUGGUGUUGGCAUGCAGCGUCACGUCACCUCGAGCUUUUGUGCCAUGCUCGUACGCACCCACGACUCGAAGUAUGAAGAGCACAUGCUCACAGGAAACUGCCUCACCGUACGCUUGGUGGGCAAUUCCACUCCCCGAUACCGGGUCGCCACCACUUUCCUCAUUAUCAUUAUUUCCGCCUAA